AUGCCAGUCAACGUUACGAUCAAACCCGCAGGACGCGCGCUUGCACUUGCCAAGGGUCUUCCCGUUAUACUCACUUUUGACGAGAAAACGGCUGAACAAGUUACCAUUGGGGAUGUCAAGUCGGCGCUUCAGGCCAAGUUUCCACGCAAAUUUUCACUAGAGGGGUCCAAAAACGCUCUUGAUGAUGAGAAAACUCUGAUCGAAACAUCGUCGGAGAAUAAAAGUGCUGCUUCUGGCUCUUUCACCCUCACCGUGAAGGACCUAGGGCCUCAAGUUAGCUGGAGGACGGUGUUCUUGGUCGAAUAUGCUGGACCCCUGAUUAUUCACCCAUUGAUCUACCUCUUCCCUCAAGUUUUUUAUCGCACUACCUUUGAGCAUUCACAACUGCAAACUUUAACAUAUGUUCUUGUGCUGUUGCACUUCCUCAAAAGGGAGCUUGAAACGUUAUUUGUCCAUCGCUUCUCUCAUGCGACAAUGCCGCUCCGUAACAUCUUCAAAAACUCGGCCCACUACCAUAUCCUCAGUGGGAUCCUCCUUGCUGGCGGUGUAUAUGGCCCUUGGUAUUCAAGGAAAGCCCUUGCGGGCUCUUUGCGGGCUAACCCGACCUUCCUUGCAGCAUGCACUGGGGUCUGGCUAGUUGCAGAAGCACUCAAUUUCCAUGCCCAUCUGACAGUCCGGAAUCUUCGUCCGGCUGGAACAAAGACCAGAGGAAUUCCGAGGGGAGGGCUUUUCGAGCUUGUUUCAGUCCCGAAUUACUUCACAGAGGUGGUUGCUUGGACCGCAAUCACGGUCAUGACGCAAAGCCCUUUCGCUGUCCUCUUUUUGGUCGUCUCAACCGGUCAGAUGGCUAUCUGGGCUGCAAAGAAACACAGGGGCUACAAGAAGGAAUUCGGUUCGAACUACCCGAAAGGGCGGAAGGCAAUGUUCCCAUUCAUUUUCUGA